UGCCUGACGAGCGGCUGUCUGUCCGGUCCGCAACUGGAGCGACUGUGUCCGGCACAGAAAGUGUGGACUAGUUGCCGUGGCGCCAGCCAAGCUGAGGCUCGACCGACCUCCGCGGACUGUGGCGCACUGUUCAGCGACGGGGUCUGCCACGAGGCCUGCAACCAGCCGCGGUGCCAUUUCGACGGACUCGACUGUCUGCCGGACCGUGACGAGGCCAUGGGUUGGCAUGACAACUGGGACACGAACCGGCGACUCGGUCGGCGACACGAACGACCAGAUGCGGGAGAGUUGAGUGUCGAAGCGUUCGUGAGUGGGUCGGGCCGAAUUGACUGUUUAUAUUCCAACGGAAAAAUGUGCAGGAAACGCGUCGGGGACUCGCUUCAUCGAAACGUGACGACGAAAACCGCGCUCCGAAUGGAAGAGGUCAGAUUUUGCCAGAAAGUUCUCGGCUGGCUCAUCGCCCGGCAACUUUGGACAAUUCGCGACAGACACGAUUAG